AUGGCCUCGGAGCCCUGGCCCGCCCGCAGCCCCGCGGAGACGCCGCCGCCGCCGCCGCCGCCCGACGGCGCGGAGCCCGGGCCGCAGCCCCGCCGCGCCGGCCCCGAGGAGCCCCCGGCGCCGCCGCCCUCCCCGGAGCCCCCCGCGCCCGAGCCCGGCCCGGCCCCGGCGCGCCUGGCCCUGGACGCCAUGUUCAGCCCGGUCACCGACCAGCUCCGCUACCUGCUGCGCAAGGCCGACGACUUCCAGAGCCACCUGCUGUACAGCCGGGAACGCGUGCAGAAGGAGCAGCUGGCGAAGGCCAUGCCCACGUUCCUGAAGAUGUGCGAGCCCUAUCUGCUGUACCUGGAGGCCGCGGGCAGGAGCGCGCCCCCCAUCUAUGGAGGCCUGCAGGAGGUGAUCAGGAAGGGGCUGUUGGAGAUCUCCCAGCAGCUGACGCUGCGCCUGGAGCAGCUGGUGUUCAUGUACGCCUCCUUCGGCUUCGUGGACCUGGACGAGACUGACCCUCUGAGCAUCUCCUGCUUCUUCUGUGGGAGGUUCUCCAUCAGCCCCGCCCACGAGGUGUCCAUCUUCAGAUACUGCAGCCCCGCGCCCUACACGGCCGCGCGCUUCCCCAGGUACCUCUACAAGAAGAUGCGCUGGAACCUGGAGGUCACCCCGGAGCCCAACAGCCGGGGCCAAGACCCCCAUGUGGACUACUAUUUCCUAUGCUACCGAGAUACGUGGGAAGACGCAGGACAGAGUCCUGCCAAUUCCUGUCCCCAGAUCCAGAAGCUGUGGUCCAUCGGCCGAUGGGUGCCCCUGGGACCACCAGAAGAUGACCUUUAUUCGUGGAUCCUGUGCCCGCAGCCCCCGGGGGACUACCAACAGCUGCUGACCAUCGGCUUCGAGGAGCCGUCGCACAUGCUGGCCACCGACCUGCUGGUCCAGGUCCUCAUGGGCCAAGCAGGCCCGGCCCGGCCCCCGAGCGCGGCGGGGCUCCCGGCCUGGGCCGCACCCGGGUCUUGAACCCCUAGAAGGAGGAAGAUGGGCGCUGGAGCCGGUCAGUCCCGAACUCCAGGAGAGACGGCAAGGGAGGGCCGGCCCUGGACUCCCUAGGACACCCCAGCUUCGCCCUGCCGGGUUUCAGGCCGGGCUUCCCGGCCGCGCGGAGCCCCGA